GUAACAGUAGAAAACGUUACGCUGAUUUAUCUGGUAUUGUAUUUGAUAUUAAUACUCAUUCUGGGAAAGAGUUGCAUCAGUUUAAGUUAUGUGGAAUUGAACUUAUACUGAGCGUUCUUGGAAAUGACAAUCUAGUGAAUAAGGUAUUGGUUGUUUAUGUUUUAGACGUUGUGUGAAGCCUGCGUGUUUCCUAGAUAUUCUUCUUCCAUUUAAUAUCAUUAAUAGAUUUUUGUUUUCUGUGUUUUAGAUUGAAAACGUUUCUGAAGAAAAAGAUGAUGGUGCUGAAAAUUUCUAUUUGAGGUACAUAAAACGAACCAUUUAAUUUAAUGCAAAUAAAAUUAAGCCCCCGUUUACAUUUGCAAUUGUUUCUGCGAUUUCUAGUGCGAUUUUCUCCUUCUGAUGGAUGUGAACGAGUAGAUGAGCUACGAAUGUUCCGAGUACAUGUACCUUCAUCUGAACAUUCAUAACUUAUCGUUCACAUCCGUCAGAAGAAGAAAAUCGCAUCAAAACUUGCAAGUGAAAACGAGCCUUCAAAAGUGACGUUUACGGCAGACUGGCCGCAAACGGCAAUUAAAAAUCGUAUUUGAAGCUAGUUAAGGUACGUUUGCAAGUUUUCGAUAGCUAUUGUAAGUAGCUAAUUCAUGCUUAAUUUUUGAUGCACAAAUUGCCCUAACUUUGAAAAGCUGUUGACUUUAGAGUACGAUUUGAAGUUUGCCGUUUCCGGUUAGCGGUCGUUUUACGUCCAUAAACGUCAAUUUUAAGGUCUCCAUGAAGUGAUACAGAAACGUGAAAAAUAUAAACUGCACAACUCAACUCAUCUUACCAGCAGCUGAUAAGAAAAAAAUGCAUUGCUAUAAAUUGAACCGUCAGUUUGGUUGUUCAUGUGCAGACGAGAUGCAGAGUCAGUAACUAAAAAAUAGUCACGUGAUACAUUUAGCGCUUGGUGGUCAACUCAAAAUGGAAACACAUUUAUUGGAUUGAGUUAAAUAUUCAUUACAAGUAUUGAUCUUGUGUUUGGUAUCAAAUCUAUGCAAUUUAACGCAAUUUACUUGCUUCCACAAGGCAUGAAGUGGUAAUAUUUGUAAAGUUGACCAUCAAGCGUUUCCCUAUUGUAUAAAUCUUGAGUGAAACCUACCUAUACUCUAAUUUUUACGACUGGUUAAUGAUUUAGAAUUAACUGUUGUUUGGUUGCUUGACGUGUACAACGUUGUGAUAUUUUGCCAUGUUUUGGUUAACAUUUCAAUGACAUUAUGUUUAUUUUUAGUCUGCUCGAGGAAAGCCUGAAAUACAUCACACAUAUUUCACGAUCACUUGAGAGCAGUGUUCAAGAAACGACGGUUAAAUAUUUACGUGUGUUCCUUCAUAAGGUGUACCACAUUGUUGAGAAGGUAUGUUUUCUGAACUAAUAUUAUCAUGCAUGUUUUUGAGCUGGGGAGACUUGCCAGCAGGGGCUUAAUCUUACUUUUAACAGUUAGAUCCAAGCACACACCGAUGUGUUGUUGCAUCUAAAAAUCUCGUUUAUUUGUAUGUCUUGGAAUGGGCGUCUAGGCUAGGCUUGAUGUAACCUGAAAUCAGGUUAGGUUUGAUGACGAAGGCCUUCGCUCGAAUUUUGUAUUUUUCAGAUAGUUGCAUCUUCUAUAGUGCUCGCUUUUGAAUUCUUGCCAUACCCUACGUUAGCACCCAUGCACCGUUCGAGAUUGUAUAACCAUUACCAACCAAAUGCCAUAAGAUUUAAGCCUUCUAAAAACCACGGGUGUAAUGUCAUCACAAAGAUGCUUCGAAUGACAAUGAAAACUGAACGAAGGAUUUGUCAGAUGUUCAUACAACACAAGAGAGCCCCACUAUGGCCCCGUUUCCAGAAUAAUUAAAACAGCUCAACAUGAGGAAAAUGCAGUGAAAUCGUCAAAAUAAGGCAAUAGGACAAAGACAAUAGGACAUUCCGAUCUCUAGAUUAUGACUGGAUGGCACUAUUGCUAUGCUAAGUGUAAUGCAUGGGUUCAUGCAUUGAUUCGCGCUCUGGCAAAGGAUGUGCUAGUUCUGGUUAUCUUAGUAUAUACAUAUCUAUGUAUAGCAAAACCACAAUCACUGUACCUGAUAUAAAUCACAAUCUUUUGUUUGUAUUUCCAUAGUUGUGUGAUCUUCUCCCAAGACCAGCGUUUGUUAGUAUUGUUUCACAACUGGUUAAGAGUAAGAAUACAAUUAUCAGAAGGAAAUCUAUGGACCUUUUCAACAAGAGAAUGUCAAAAAAUCCCCGUCAAUGUUCAACAGAAGAG